AGAUGCUACCUGAAGACAAGGGCCAAAGUGGCCCUUCAACUGAGGCCUUGUCAGACCAGAGCAGAAAGGUUUUUCCCAUGGUCAUGGAUGCUGUGUUGGAAAAACAGUAUGGUUCAAGUGGGUGGGCCAAGACAACAUCAAGAAUUAUCUGAGAUUUAGAAAACUGUGUUCUGCAAAAGAAGAUUGAAGAACACUGGGGUUUUACGUUCAGGCAGAAGGGAAAAAUUUAUCCAGUGAUCAUCUGAGAAAAAGAACACUCUUCUCCAAGUUGAAUAACUUAAAAUUACAGUAGGGAUGAUUAGACAUAAAGCAUACUUUUCUAAACAUAAAGGUAGUUGAGGAAAGUGAGGAAUAUGUGAAUGGGGGUUUUGAAGAAUGAGUUAGAUGAGCCUCUGCUCAUCUGAUAAGGAUGUAGCUGCAAUGUUUUGCUCCCAGCUGAGAACAGAGUGGACUAGAGCUGAUAUUUCAAGAUGCCAGAAUUUCAGAAGAAGACUGUCCAUAUUAAGGACCCAGCAAGAGUAGAGGAGAUUAUUUGUGGCCUCAUCAAAGGUGGAGCUGCCAAACUUCAGAUUAUUACAGAUUUUGAUAUGACAUUAAGUAGAUUUUCCUACAAUGGAAAAAGAUGUCCAACUUGUCAUAACAUCAUUGAUAACUCCAAGAUCAUCACAGAUGAAUGUCGGAAAAAGUUAUUGCAGCUGAAAGAAACUUACUAUGCCAUUGAAAUUGAUCCAGCUCUCACCAUUGAAGAGAAAUACCCAUAUAUGGUAGAAUGGUACCAUAAAUCUCAUGCACUACUCAUUGAACAAGGCUUACAGAAAGACAAGUUUGCAGAAAUUGUAAGGGAAUCCGAUGUUAUGCUGAAAGAAGGGUAUGAGAACUUCUUUGAUAAACUCAGUGAACAUAAUAUUCCUGUGUUCAUAUUUUCUGCUGGGAUUGGCGACAUUCUUGAGGAAGUAAUCCACCAGGCUGGGGUCUACCAUUCUAAUGUCAAAGUGGUUUCCAAUUUCAUGGAUUUUGAUGAAAAUGGAAUAUUAAAAGGAUUUAAAGGAGAAUUGAUUCACGUUUACAACAAACAUGAUGGUGCCUUGAAGAACACAGAGUAUUUCAAACAGCUGAAAGACAACAGCAAUAUCAUACUGCUGGGUGAUUCUCAAGGAGACUUAAGUAUGGCAGAUGGAGUAGCAAAUGUUGAGCACAUUCUUAAGAUUGGCUAUCUCAAUGAUAAAGUAGAUGAGCUUUUGGAAAAAUACAUGGACUCUUAUGAUAUUGUCUUGGUGAAAGAUGAAUCCCUGGAAGUUGCCAACUCCAUUCUACAGAAAAUCCUAGCAGAAACUGUGCCAUCUUCCGUUCCCUGAGGAAUUGUAAUGAAAAUGCGGGAGAGCUUAGAUCCACAUUCUCUUCCACCAGAACUAAAACACAUCUCAAGAAAUGACCUCUUUCUUUACAGCCUCUUGUCUGUUAUUAAAAUCCUGACUUGGUA